AUGGGAGAUCAAGGUAUUGAGAGCAAGCACGAAGUCACAAUCUUAGGAGGACUCAAUGAAUUUGUUGUGAAGUUUUAUGGACCACAAGGAACACCAUAUGAAGGUGGAGUAUGGAAAGUUAGAGUCGACCUUCCUGAUAAAUACCCUUUCAAAUCCCCGUCUAUAGGAUUCAUGAAUAAAAUUUUCCAUCCCAACAUUGACGAAGCGUCAGGAACUGUAUGUCUAGAUGUAAUCAAUCAAACUUGGACAGCUCUCUACGAUCUCACCAAUAUAUUUGAAUCGUUCCUGCCCCAGCUGCUGGCCUAUCCUAACCCUAUAGAUCCUCUAAAUGGUGACGCUGCAGCCAUGUACCUCCACCGACCAGAAGAGUACAAACAGAAAAUUAAAGAAUACAUUCAGAAAUAUGCAACAGAAGAAGCACUAAAAGAACAGGAAGAAGGCACCGGGGACAGCUCGUCUGAGAGCUCCAUGUCCGACUUCUCGGAAGAUGAAGCUCAGGAUAUGGAGUUGUAGUAGAAGAGGCAACCUGCUUUUCAGAGAGACUCUAAUUUCCUAACCAUGAGAAGCAGACUAUAAUAUUCAUAUUUAAACAAAGCAAUUUUUUUUAUUACUAAACAAGGUUUUUAUGAAUAAUAGCAUUGAUAUAUAUAUAUCACCCUUUAGAUCUUGAUUUUCUUGGUCAUUUCUCGAACCCGAGGUGCAUAGCAUAUUCCCACAUUCCAUUUUGGUAGCAAUAUGCAGCCCGAAUGCAUGCAUUCAGAUUCCAUUUGGCCAAGUCAACUUGUGUGCUACUGAACUGUCAGCUAAAACAGCUGCCCUGGUAGGUAGGGAGUUAGUGAAAAGAUGUUUGCUUUCUUAUCGAUGUUUCCAAAGACACCACCUUGGAUGCUAACGUGGAACAGCAUUUUCUCCAAGUAUAAAAUCUGGGAGAUGAUAGACUAACCGUGUAGAUCAGACAGUGGAAUAAAAGGUGCUCCUUCAGGUCAACCUUGCUGAUCGUAUUUUACAUGGAGUCACACUUAAAAAAAAAAAUGGAAAAAAAAAAAAAAACACAGUACAAAUGCAUGGAGCUAUUCAGAGCAUUGAAGCUUAAAAAUUUUGACUUGGAUUUUAAGUCCGUUUUUAUAUGUGGACUCCUGCCUGCCCUUCUGAACUGUAGGGACUGACAACCACUGGUCUAUUUGCUUUUGGGACUUUUGAAAGCACUUCAUCUGGAUGUUGUUCACUUUCUUGGUCUGGAUUACGAGCUGUUCCCUUUUCGGGAGGAAAAAAAAAAACAAAAACAAAACACAAAACCAACCACAACAAAAAAACAAAACACCACAAACCACAAAUGAUGCUCUCUGAACAGUGCUUUGAUUUAGCUGGAGCACAUGUGAAGUCAAACUCUUUACUUUGUCAUAGUUUUGAAACUGCUGCCCAUUAAUGGCUUCAAGUUUGCGCUUUUUUUUUUUUUUUUUUUUUUUUUUUUUUUUUUUUUCACCUCGCAAACACUCUCCAUCUCCUAAGAGGGUCCUCUGACCAGAUGGAUUAGCCUUGCUGAGAGCUUCAGAUCCACGAAGAUUGGCCCAUUGGCUGUAGUCCACGAAUCCAUCGGCACUGACUUUAUUUUCCUUUUUUCCUCCCCCUUCUGCACCAGCUUGGUAGCCAUCUGCUUGUGUGUGUACAACAGGAUUAAAAUUUCUUAAAAGUUAACAAAGAAUAUGAUCUAGAAAAAUUUUGAGAUGAAUAAAAAAAAGCUAAAAGCACCAGUUGAGGAAGCAAGUGAAUCUGUUCUGUUUUGUUUUGGGUUUUGUUUUUUGUUGGUUUUUUUGGUGUUUUUUUUUUUCCAGGAUGCUUCUGAAUUGAAAAGUUUGAUUUCUCCUGGUGUCUUUCAGCAAGCUGAGAUUUUUGUUUGUUUGUUUUAAUGCUAUGAAUUCUAAUAUAGUAAAUGUCUACCUGAGAUGCUGGUAUACUUGAAUUUGGAUAAUUGUGCAUUGGAGAUUCAAACUAAGAUGGAUUUUUAAAGCUGAAUGUUACCUGCUGUAUUCUUUUGGGGGUUUUGGAGGGGUUUGGACAAGAUGCUUUAAUUUGUGGUGCAACCUACAGGACAGUGCAUGGAAAAAUCAACCCACCCUGAGCAACUCUCGAGCAGUGUUUUGAAUGUCAGACUGGUACAUUUGUCAUGUUCCCAGAGUUGUGUUUGUUUUGUUUUGGUUUUUUUUUCUUUAGAAAUGCCACCAAGUUUUGAGUCAUUGGGGUUGGAAGGUUACAAUCCUAUUUCUAAUUCAUAAAGCACAAUCAAUUAUUUUUUUUUCUUUUUUGGGGGAAAAAAAAUAAUCACAAAGUACCAUUUUGCUUUAGCAUGAUUUUCCUUAAUAAAAAUAUACAAAGAAUUUCCUUUAUGUUAAUUACGGGCAUGAAGCAAAGGUUUUUCCUCUCCUUUUUCCCUUUUUAUUUUAAAGCAGUAAUGUUAGGGCUGUGGCUAGUGACUGUGCUGAAGUUCUCUAUCUAGCAUUUGUGGCUUGUCGGAAGGGUAAUAUUAACUAUUUAACAUGUAAUGGUGUACUUAACUCUUAUCUAGCACGCUGUUUUUCUCAUUACUUUGGGGAGGGAGGGGCCACGUUUUGCUGGCACUGUUUAACUUGCUUACCUGCUGACCUAGCAGUUUGCUUGUGCUAUAACCUUUACUGUAGGUGCUACUUAGGAGUAGAGUAAGUGCUGGGUGGUGAUAUCAGUUUAAAAGAUUAAAAAAAAACCAAACAAAAAAACCAAAAAACAAAGAAAAACCCCAAAAAAAUCUCACAAUAAAAAUUUGUAUUUUUUCAAUAUUGUAUAAAAAUAGUGUUCUAAUUACCUCAUCCCCCUUCCUUCGCAGGUUUUUCUUCUCCAUCGCUCCAUCCCCUAACACGGAUUUGGUGCACUAAACCGCUCGCACGUUCCUCCCUCCUUUUGCGAAACACUUAAUUCUGCUAAACAGGGAUUUUCCGGCCCCCC